AUGGUCGUAAACUGUCGGUUGGCGAGGUCAAUGAACGUGGAAAUAUAUUCACAACGACUGGAAACGUUUCGAGUUACUGAGAACAUUAGUCGUCGACCUAGGUCCUAUGGAGCUGAUCUCCAGAACAGACGGUGCGAGUGCAGGAAGUUCGAAACACUUCAUUAUCCCUGUGCGCAUGUCGUGGCAGCGUGUGCUAAAGUCAACCUUGAUGCUGAACAAUAUGUCGAUGAUGUGUACACGCUGGAGCGCACAUUGCGUGUCUGGGUGAAUGAGUUCCCCGUCCUGCUGGAGCUAUCUACGUGGGAGGUGCCGCCGAUCACUUUCGAGCUUGUCCCAGACAGAGGGCUACGGAGGAAUCCAAGGGGUCGUCCGCAGUCAAGCAAAAUCCGUAAUGAGAUGGACAUUAGGGAGAAAUCUGACGGAAAGCGUUGUGGAAUAUGCAGGUUAAGUGGUCAUAGCCGGAAUAAAUGCCCUAACCGAAACUUUCAUGUUGGGCAGUCGUCGGGAUCGGGUCGAAAUGAAGCUAAUGCUAUAAAAUUUUUAUAUUAA